AUGUCAGAUCCAGUUGCGGAAUUCUUGGCACGUGAGCAAAAUGUUCUGGCUGGUAUAGAGGAUGAUUCGCUAGGAACUAGUCCUUCUCCUUAUGCCAAUAGCACUGGCAGAAACGAUAAAGCUGAAAAUGAUAUUGCUUAUGUAAACAAUGCUCGUUUGUUAAGCGGGACCAUUGAUUCUGGUUUGGAUCUUCCAACGCUAGCAAAUGGUGUGCAGCGCUCAAGCACAACUCCAUCACCUUCUCUUGUGGCAAUGAAUAUUGCAUCGAAACCGGAACCGGAGAAAAUAAAGAAAUGGCGAGAAGAGCAGAAAAUAAUGUUAGAGAUGAAAGAUAAAAAUGAAGAGAAAAAGAAAGAAGAAAUGAGAGCCGCUGGUAAAAAAGAAUUAGAAGAAUGGUAUGCGCGAAGGGCGGAAAGACUUGCAAAAACUAGAAUAGCUAAUCGGAAAGCCGAAGAGGAUUUCAUUUCUGACCGUGAGUCCUUGAAAGAUGGAGCUGAGUGGGAGCGCAUUGCUAAAUUAUGCGAAUUCAGCGCAAAAAAUUCGAAAACAUCAAGCGAUUUAUCACGGCUAAGCACUCUUCUUCUUAAACUCAAAACGCAAAAGGAAUAA